AAACGUCAAAUGACUCGAGAUUUGUGUUUCAGUAAAAUUGAAAUUGAUUGAGUUUAUUUUAAUUUUAAAUUAAAAUGCCUGCUGGAACGUCUACCAUGGACCCUUUGAGGGAAAAGGGAUUUCAGGAUUACAGAAAGAAGUUGAUGGAACACAAAGAAGUAGAGUCUAGACUCAAGGAUAUGAGAGAACAGUUAAAAGACCUGACAAAACAGUAUGAUAAGAGUGAAAACGACCUAAAAGCCCUACAGAGUGUUGGUCAAAUUGUAGGAGAAGUACUCAAGCAACUCACUGAAGAAAAGUUCAUUGUGAAAGCGACAAACGGUCCUCGCUACGUUGUCGGCUGCAGGCGUCAGCUGGACAAGAACAAGCUGAAGGGAGGCACCCGCGUGGCCCUCGAUAUGACCACACUCACUAUCAUGAGACAUUUGCCAAGAGAGGUGGACCCACUAGUGUACAACAUGAGCCACGAGGACCCCGGAGACGUCACAUAUUCUGCCAUUGGUGGUCUGCAGGAGCAGAUCCGGCAGUUGCGUGAGGUGAUUGAGCUGCCCCUGAUGAACCCGGAGCUCUUCGUUCGAGUCGGAAUCACUCCACCCAAAGGCUGUCUGCUGUAUGGACCUCCCGGAACUGGCAAGACUCUGCUGGCCAGGGCUGUGGCUUCCCAACUCGAUGCUAACUUCUUGAAGGUGGUAUCAUCAGCCAUCGUGGACAAGUACAUAGGAGAGUCCGCUCGUCUGAUCCGCGAGAUGUUUAACUACGCGCGCGACCAUCAGCCCUGCAUCAUCUUCAUGGACGAAAUCGACGCCAUUGGUGGCCGCCGCUUCUCCGAAGGCACCAGCGCCGAUCGCGAGAUCCAGCGAACCCUGAUGGAACUCCUCAACCAGAUGGAUGGCUUCGACUCCCUCGGACAAGUCAAGAUCAUCAUGGCCACCAACCGGCCUGACACCCUGGACCCGGCCCUGCUGAGGCCGGGAAGAUUGGACAGGAAGAUCGAGAUUCCGCUGCCAAAUGAGCAGGCCAGGCUCGAAAUUUUGAAGAUCCACGCUCAGCCGAUCGCGAAGCACGGCGAGAUGGACUACGAGGCCGUCGUCAAGUUGUCGGACACCUUCAACGGGGCCGACCUGCGUAACGUGUGCACCGAGGCCGGCCUCUUCGCUAUACGGGCUGAGAGGGAGUACAUUAUACAGGUAAGGAAGCACGGCGAGAUGGACUACGAGGCCGUCGUCAAGUUGUCGGACACCUUCAACGGGGCCGACCUGCGCAACGUGUGCACCGAGGCCGGCCUCUUCGCUAUACGAGCUGAGAGGGAGUACAUUAUACAGGAGGAUCUUAUGAAGGCGGUCCGCAAGGUGGCAGACAAUAAGAAGUUGGAGAGCAAACUCGACUACAAGCCCGUCUAAAUGUAUUUUAUAUUGUAUUGAUCACUGUCAUAUUCUACGUAUUUACUCUAAUAAACAGCUAGAAAUUU